ACUUCGCUUAGUUCAUCCCAAAUAUGCUCAGGACUCAACCGUGCUUGUCCGGCAGAUUUAAGCGCAGAGUGAACCUGUUGCACAGUGAGGGUUGGGUCUUGUGGGACCGUUCCAGGAUUUCUCGAGAUGUGUGUGGAAUGCAUAGAACCACAAAGCGAAUCCUUUGCAAUCACAGUGGCUUUAGAAGAUUCACACAAACACACACACACUGGGAGCACCCCAUCACGUGUCAAGGUGUACUGAAAAGAGUCUGAGGAAUGAUAGGAAAUGGUUUGGGCUGCUGGAAGGAAGUGACUUUUUAAUGUUGUUUGUACCUGUUCCUAAAUGGGUCUGGGGUCAGCCCUUUUCCCUGCCAGCCGGUUGUGCUGAACUCCGUCUUCUUGUCUGAGGGCAGGAAUACAAAUUUACCCGGGAGAGAUUUCAAAAGCGAACAAAAUGGAGUUAAAAGGAUUAUUCCAACCAGCGCUUAACAGCUGUAACUCAAACGUCACCCCAUGUAUUUUUCCUUGCCCUCGGAGAACAAAGCUGCUGCGUCCCAGUCGGGGCCCAAAAAGAAGCAGCAGCCGGGCCAAGAGGCUGCAGUGACGGCAGAGCCCUCUGUGGCCCUUCCCCAAGAGCCCCGGGUCCCCUACCCCUAUGUUUCCAGCCUCUCUGAGAAAGAGCAAAGAAGAUAUUUGUUUCUUUUGUCUGAAUAUUUAAAUGCCGACCCAAACCUCUUACCCUGGUCUCAGCAAAGGAAUUACACUCAGUAUCUGCAAAUGAGAGAAUUUGUGAGCAAAGAAGUUGCAGAAUUCUUGAAAUUCGCUCGGAAUGCUGCUAGAAGCUGUGCUAAAGAUUACAGUGACAUCUCUGAAGAUGCCUUGCUGUACACCAAGGAUUUCCUGAGCGCUCGUAUGGACUGCGUGAAGAAUUACCCUGAACGGUAUUCUCUCCACGAAGUUACCAGCCUCAUGGGCGGACGAUUUACUAGAGAGUUGACCCUGAAGUUUGAAAAAAGUCUUGUCGCCUUGGGAAUGGUGCAUCUUGUUAAGCGAUUCUUCCCCAAGCUGCCAACAUCAAUUAAUUUACCUGCGGAUAAAACUAAGCAUGAACAACUCUGUGGGACUCCGGAGCACCGUGCUGCCCAGCUGCACAAUGACAUUAGCACUGACCCAAAUGCUGAAAAACUGGCUGCCAAAUACUGUCCUCAGGUGGUUUUGACCGGUGAAUCUUUAUAUACUCUGUUGAACAAUCACGGUCUGGAUUAUAAGCAGCAGUGGGAACUUCCUGUGUUGGUGAAAACAGUUUCUCUUGCUGGCCUGAAACCAGUCAAAGUGGCCUACAUCAACCCGCCUCUCCCGAAGAAGGAAAUGAGCGUGAGGGAAAAAAACCAGCUUUUUCAUGAAUUCCUGAUAGAUUUUUACAUGACGAAGCAAUCCAGUAUUGUAUCCCGAGCUGUGAUACUAGACAAGCCGUCAGAAGAGAUGCUGGGAACAGAGCUUAAAACCUGCCAAGGCAGACCCUUGCAGGAAUCCGUUUCUGCAGAUCUGGACUUCGAUACGGACGUCACCGAACUGGAGAGUUUUGCUUCAGCUGCAAGGCCUCUGACCGCUUCUCCAGCUGAGGUCUCUCCUGCAAAGGUGGCCUUCUCGGAGUACCUGACAAUGGAAAAAGGGCAGGAAGGGAGGAGGAGUAAAGUGAAGGACCAGGAAACAGACUUUAGCAGCAGGAAGGCCUCAGCCUUGGGAAAGAACCCCCCAGAUUUGGAUAAUGAGGGAAACUCAUCGGGUGACGCUUUCGAGCCGAUGGAAACGGACCCAGAUGGCAGAAACCUUGCUUUGGCCAAAGAAAAAAAUCUGGACCACAAUAUCUUGAUUGCUUCUUCAGAUAAAAAUUGUAAUAUCACUGAAGGCACUGCCAAAGAUGUCCGAUCCCCUGCCCUGUCCUGCAGCAGUGACAUGGAUGGAGAACAUCUGAUCAUCAUCAUCGAUCCAGAAUGCGAACCUGGCCAUGCGCCUGAACCUGGUGCUGGGGGAUCUGCUCCUCCUUCCCCCAGACCUGGACAGGCCCUCUCAGAAAGACCAGCCGAGUCUUUGGAGACGCACGAAAAGAGUGUUCCCUGCAAGCUUCGCCCACGAUUGUCUGAGAAAAUCGAUCCCCUGGGGCAGAUUUUGAAAAUGCAAACCAAGCUCCUGAAGCCCUCUUCUCCAAAUUCUCAUGGGCACCUGCCGGUAACCAGUGAAAGGAGUUUGAAUCCUACUCAAGGCCAGGCAGAUGCCCCUUCUCUCCCUUUGGCCUCUUCAGUUGUGGAGCCAGGACAAAAUACUGUAGCAAAUAUAGGCACCUCCUCCAAGUUCACCUGGGCAACCUGUUACCAGGGGCCUCAGAAAGGGAUGCUGUGGGAUGCAGUUGAAGAGACGGCCGACUACGAGCCUCCUCAGCAUGGCAACCUGGUCUACAAAUUGUACAGCUUGGACGACAUGCUGCUGUUGGUGCGGACCACCGUCCAGAAAGCCGAGUUGAGACCCCAUCAGAAAAAGGCAAAAUUCAGGAGGCACUUUCCUGUUUACAUGUUGCCAAAGUUGGAAUACCAGGCCUUUUACGGUGUAGAAGCCUUGACUGAAGACGAAGUCUGUCUGCUGUGGACCGAAAGCUUGUUACAUUCCAAUACUUCAUUCACUGUGGGUCACAUCGAUGCCCUGACUUCCCAACUUUUCCUGCUUGAGCGGCUGACAGGGAAGGCCUUGAAAAGACGAUUUGGCACGUUUAAUCCAACCAAUUCAUUACAUAUUCUCCAAAACAUCUUGAAGAAAGUGGCUGGCUUGCAGGAGGGCUCCUUCCUCUUGACUCACCUGGCGGGAGACUCCUCGGUGUCCAUCUACAAGAGCUCGGAAGGAAUUGCCACUCGGGCCAUGUACAACCUGCAUGCCGCUCACGCCAACCUGCCCCCCACCCCGGCUUCCCUCUCGGUGCCCUGGGUCCCCCUCGACCCCAACAUCCCUCUGCCGCAUCACUUUGCUCAGGGCCGCGUCCCGUGCACUUUCCCACCAGUGCCGGACAAGGGCGCCAGGACCAUGAAGAUGAGUAGGAAAGCCAAAGCUUUCCCCGGCACACCCAGCCACCGAGGGCCAAUCUCCACCGAAUCCAGGGACCGUUCCCUGCAGGCUGAGCCCCCAAGGAAGAAGCGUGGGACUGCGCAGAACAAGGGCUCCAGGCCAGCGAAUCAAGGCCCAAACCGGAAAUUCUGGAAAAAGAAGCACCCCAACCAAGGCCACAUGACUUAAUCGUGAGCAGGAACAGCAGUCUUUCUCGGCAAAAGAGCUCCUUCGCCAGUGAACGAAGAAGGUGGGGUUGGACAAUUCCAUCAGACCGGGCAGAGCUGCCAGGCAGGGCAGCCAUUAAACCUUCCCAUGUCUUCGGCACCUAAGAAGCGCAUCGGAGGAGUUUAUCCUGUGUGGAGAACGCCUGGAGCAACAUGGGAAGGAGGGCAGCCAAACUCUGCACGAUCACAAUCGCUUGUAUAUCCCCGUUUGUUCCAGUAACGUUACUGGGUGAAAACCAAGCCCUGCGGUAGCUUUCCGUUAAAGUGGGCAGUUGCAUUUGAAGAGUUCUGCUCUCUUGGGCAGCGGGGGCGGAGGUGGCAGAGAACGGAUCUUAGUUUGAAUUUCCCUGCCCUUUUCUGCAGGUUGCAGGAAUGUCAGGAAAACCAUCUCGGCCACAACCACAAACUGCUUUUAAGUUUAAAUUUUGUUUUUAGAGGGCUCUGAUUUGUUAAGAGUCUCUUAAGGCUCAUCAUCCCUUGGUCCUCGGACACAUGCCAUCAUCCAAAACGCAAAGGCAUUUAGAUGCUUUGAGGGUUUAAAACAGGGAUGCCCAACCUUAGCAACUUUAAGGCCUGUGGACUUCAACUUCCAUUUAUUUAUUGAUUUCCUUUUUCAGGGGGUCAAAGUGAGUACUGGGCUGGCUUUGAGUGUAGGUGUCUUUGUCUUUCCAAAAUACAGUUAAAAUUCCCCAAUUGCUGAUUUCUAAUUUUUUUUUUUUAUUAUUAUUAUUAUUUUUGUGGAACACAUAUUUGAAUUUUGUUUGGGCUUUUUGCCCAGCUUGUACGCACAUUGUCAUUUGGCACUAUUUUGUAUGCCAGACUAAUUAACAUUGGAGUCUGUGGUUGCGUGGCCGCAGUUGUGUAGUGCUCCUGCCCCAGGCGGGAUCAGGAUGAAGUGGGCAGGGCAGCCUUGGUGUCAUGGCACAGAAAAGUUUUCUGCCAAAGCACCGCCAUGUUUGUGCAAAGUUACACCCGGUGUCUGAGACAUCAGCCUUCCCGUCCCACAUUCCAGGCACUUAAGCUUUCAGAAUUUUUUUUUUAAUUUGUUGUUGUUGUGGGUGUUUCUACACUGAUAUUUAUUUAUUUAUUUAUUUUGGGCACGGUUUAUUUCUUACGAUCCCUGCCUAAAUGCUGUGCUUUCUCCAAGAAAGAACGUGGUUUCGGUUUGGUUUGUACCGCGCCACAUCCACACAUAACGCUCUCUUAGUUCCCGAAGAGCCGUAAGUUUUUAAUCUGGUUGCCACAACAAACAUCGUCUUUGUUUCUGCAAUCUGCUGGGGUUGGCUGGUUUCAAUGAGAAGGUAGAGCCUUUGGGUUGCAGCGUUGCUUAACAUCAGGUUUUCUUUCAAAAUCCAAUCUGACCUCCCACAAGGAAAAUCUUUCCAAGAUGAGUCAUGCACAAUAAUCGGGUGGGGUUCCCGAAGCUUUGGCUGGCUCCGGAGAGGGAUUUAAAAAAAUCUGCUUGACAACAGAGGAGAUAAUCUGUAAGGCUUUUCCUCUGAACUCGGCCUCUGCACUUACGGUCCAAAUUUCCUCUUGAGCGCGUUGCGGCAAAACUGACCUCUCGAGUGCGGCCGUAACUUCUUGGCUGCUUGGGGACACAGGCCGUUCAGCUGCUUCAAGGGAAAUUUGGUGCCUGCUGAGCCCUGCUUUGGCUGGCUGGCUGGGUUUUGUGGAUAGCCGAAUAAGUGCUUUAACUUGGCCCCUUUUUAUAGUGUGUUAAAAAGAGGGGAAUUCUGCACUGAGAAGUUUUGAGGGUUUGAAAUGGGGGUGUCCACCCUUGGCAACUUUUUAAGUCCUGUGGAUUUCAACUCCCAGAAUUCUGGGAGUUGAAGUCCAUGGGUCUGAGAAUUGUGCCAAAGUUGGACCCUCCUGGUUUAAAAGAAUCUAACUUCCAAUUUGCAAUUUGCCUUUCAGUUACUAUUUCAAUUACUCUUGUCGAGCUUCUUAGGGUGGCCCUGCGCAGAAUGGACACAUAGGAAGAUUAGCUUGAGUCUCUCUUAUUUUAGGGCCCUGUACACCCACCGUAAGAUUGAAUCUGGCUUGGAAAUCGAUUCGCUUCAGUUUGGCUCUGAAUGUGAGUGGGAGAUUGGCCGACAACGCCUGUCCCAAUCCAAAGCAAAGAUCAGAAAUUCAGACUUCCCUUUUAACCCUCCACAGGAAAUCCACAAACGGCUGUAAUUUGUGUAAUUUUUCUACUACAGAAAAAUAACGUGCAAUUUGCAGGACUCGGAGAUGUUCCCCAAACACCCAUCAGCCCUGCCUCUUUCGGUCCUGAUUUUCCCUGACUGCGCGUGUAAUAAAAUGAAAACAUAGGUAGUGCUUCA